CGCAUGCGUCACUUUGCGACAAGUUGCAACAAGACGCUAACGAGAGGCUUCUGUAAAGUCAACAAAGUAAAAAUGAACCUACUUAACGAGAGGCUGUCAGUUGAACGGCGUUUUAAGCUAACGUUAGCAAUCAAUCAUAGAAAGCGAAAACGUUUUUCAAAUGACUGCUAGCUUAGCUACAAGCUAGCAAUCAAACAACAAAAGGCUGGAAUGGCGUUUUGAGCUAACGUUAGCAAUCAAACCAUAGACAGUUAAAGAAAUCAAACAAUCAUAUAUGGCUAAAGCGUUGCGUAUGCUCAGAUUUAAACGGUUUACGGCAUAACGUGUCAUCCUGAGAUUUGAGAAAUCCAUAAAAUAAACUUUUCUCAUUAAAAACAAUAACAGAAGACGGGAAUCAUUUCAAAAACGAAACGCUAUCUAUGAUUGUUGGAUUACUAACGUUAGCUCAAAACACCAUUCAACUGUAAGACUUUGCUGUGUUUGAUGCUAGCUUGUAGCCAGCAGUGAACACACUUCGUUAAGUAGGUCCAUAUUUACAGUAUUGACAAUACAGAAAUUAGCAUCUUGGCAAAGUGACGCGUGCAACUCACGUCUUCGCUCGUCGCAAAGUGACGCAUGCGCGACUCAAAUCUGCACUGGACUUACAUUGGGGAGUGACAGAUGGCAGCGCUUCAGAAACGUCGACAUGAGCUCGGCGGCAGAAAGUUGUUCCCCGAAGGAGCAUCGUCCACAUCCAAAAGAGCCACAUCCGGUGCCAGCUCCACAGUACAUCUGAAACUGUUGGCUGCGGCAUUUUACGGAGUCAGUUCAUUCCUCAUCGUUGUUGUCAACAAAAGCGUCCUCUCCAACUACAGAUUUCCAUCGUCGACAUGUGUGGGAAUCGGCCAAAUGUUGGCUACAAUUGUAGUUCUGAGGACUGGGAAGGAGUUGGGUGUUAUCUCGUUUCCAGAUAUGGAUUUGAGUAUACCACGCAAGAUGUUUCCACUGCCUCUGCUGUAUGUUGGGAACCAAAUAUCAGGGCUGUUUGGGACACAACGCCUCAAUUUACCCAUGUUUACGGUUUUAAGGAGGUUCAGUAUUUUGCUCACCAUGGUGUUUGAGGGACUCUUGCUGAAAAAGACUUUCUCUGCGUCGAUUAAGAUCACCGUGUUCACCAUGAUCGCUGGCGCUUUCAUCGCUGCCAGCACUGACCUGGCCUUUGACCUGGAAGGAUACAUAUUCAUAAUGCUGAACAACGUUCUGACCGCGGCCAGCGGGGCGUAUGUGAAGCAGAAACUUGAUUCCAAGGAGCUGGGCAAAUAUGGGCUGCUCUACUACAAUGCUUUAAUCAUGAUUUUCCCCACUGCGGCAUACGCUUACUACUCAGGGGACCUGCGAGUGGGGUUGGAGUAUAAUGGAUGGUCUGAUCAGCUGUUUGUUUUGCAGUUUGUGCUUUCCUGUGUCAUGGGCUUCAUUUUAAUGUACUCCAUCAUGCUGUGCACGCAGUACAACUCAGCACUCACCACCUCCAUUGUGGGCUGUAUUAAGAAUAUUCUUGUGACCUAUGUUGGAAUGGCAUUUGGAGGAGACUACAUAUUCACUUGGACCAACUUCAUUGGUCUAAACAUCAGUAUUGCCGGCAGCCUGGUGUACUCCUAUAUCACAUUCACGCAGGAGCAAACAAGAAAGGUGUAAACCACGGAAUCCCGAUCGGACCAGAUCCUAAUGAACUACGGAUGUCCAGAACACGUUUCAUGUCGUCUGUGUACUGUAUGUUGACAUGUCUAUUUUUUAACCAUGCUGUCAAAAUGUUCUGCAAACGUUCAUGUCAUACACAGUAAUUGAAGUGCCUGAGUCAUUAGAAUUUUUAUAUUUGACUAUAAAUAUCAAUAAAAUGAUGGAUUUACAUUUUUGUACUUGUGUUUUUAAUACAAUACUCACCUGCCAAAUUGA